GCAAGUGAAUUGUGAGUUACGGUGGCUCGACCAUGAGAGAUGUUCGGCUCCGCCUUGACUUACAAGUAAUCCUUGUGUUGUGUCUUCUUGUGCCAGUGUUUCUGCAGGACCAUGUCACCAGCUACGACGGUGGUGAACCUUCGAUGUGCAAGCACGUGAACUGCGAGGAAUCAGAGAUGGAAGUGCCCAGCACAGAGAAGCAAGAGAGCUACCGAUGGAUUGCAAGAAAAUUGACCAGACCACUUCAAAUUCCGAUCAUGUCAUCAAUUGCUGUGCGGAGAAAAUUAGCCCCCGGGACGCAUCCACCUGCCUGGGAUGGAAGGCACCCGAUUCAUGUCACUCCUGGUUCACAUAACUAAGCAAGACAAAGAUCAGGAAAAUAAUUAGGUCAGCGAAAUUGAAGGAGAUGAUGUAUUGUAGUAAUGUAGCCAGACAUGUGCUAGAGUAGUUAAGUGUUGCAUUCAGUGUGAAACAAUAUAAUAAAUUUGUGCAAUAUGACAUGCUUGUAUAUACGACCGCCCGUCCUGUG